CGUGCAUUCUCCCAAACAGUAAGCUUCUGAAGCAUCAAUGUUCAUUUGACUUGACUCCCUGACUCCCCUCUUUCUUCACGCUUUACUCAUGGAAAUCCGAAAUACGCAUUUCAUUUCUUUGUUAGAUUGUCUUUUUCUCUGCUCGUUUAUCUUCAAGUUCCACCAUUUCUAUUUUCUCGUCCUUUUUCAUUUCGAAAUGGCUCCUCUUUCCCUUUUCUCUAUCCUUGUUCCGUUUCUUCUCUGUAUCACUCCCACCUUAUCAACCAACUCGGAAGGAAAUGCUUUGCAUGCUUUGAGAAGCAGGCUCAUUGAUCCCACCAAUGUGUUGCAGAGCUGGGAUCCCAGUCUGGUCAAUCCUUGCACCUGGUUCCAUGUCACAUGUGAUGACUCCAACAAUCAUGUGAUUCGCUUGGAUUUGGGCAAUUCUAAUAUCUCUGGCACUUUAGGUCCAGAGCUUGGAGAGCUCAAGCAUCUGCAGUACUUGGAGCUUUAUAGGAAUGAGAUAGGAGGUAAAAUCCCAAAAGAGUUGGGUAAUUUGAAAAACCUUGUCAGCAUGGAUUUGUAUGAAAACAGAUUAGAAGGAGAAAUCCCAGAGUCUUUAGCCAAGUUGAAGUCUCUCAGAUUCUUACGGCUAAACAACAACAAGCUAACAGGAUCAAUACCAAGGCAGCUCACUGGCCUCUCUAAUCUCAAAGUCUUUGAUGUUUCUGACAACAAUCUUUGUGGAACAAUUCCGGUCGAUGGCCCUUUUGCCACAUUCCCAAUGAAGAGUUUUGAGAACAACAGACUCAAUGGCCCCGAGCUGAAAGGACUGGUGCCAUACGACUUUGGAUGCUGAAGCAAGCUGCUACUACUCUCUGUUCCUCUGAAUAUUGGGAUUGUAGAACUUAUGGUAUGAUAAAAGUAGCAUACUUUUUAUAAUGGCACUCUGUCAAUGUGUUGGCAGAAUAGUAAUGAUAUCAACAAGCAAAUAAGAUGAUUAUACACUUGGAAUCCUCAUUUUAUAUAUGAAUGAACUUUUGUCGUUUUAACUU